AUGUUCGGAAUGGACCCAGUGCUGUCUGGGUCGCUCUGCUUUUUGGUGCUGGCCAUUGCCAUGUACCUCAAGUUCAUCCGCGAGCAGCCAUGGAGUGACGAGGAGGUAUCAGAUCAUAAGGGUAGCCCCGUGGACGGAGACGAUACCAUGCCUUUCCUGCAUCCAGCGUCUCCUGCUGGCAGACUACAGGCUCAGCAGCAAAAGCGAGGAGCAGGACAGGGUCGACAACAGGUCAAACAGAAGCAGCAACCUUCCCGACAGUCUCAGCAGCAACCGCAACCUCAUCAUGGGUACGCAGGAUUCCAGCAGAGUCGACAAGCAGCGUCUUCAGCUGUGGUAGCGGCUGGUGUGGACGCCACAGCAGCAUCAGGAGCGACCUAUUUACCCACUAAGAAACAGCCAAUGAGGAGGAGGACUCACAGUGCUACAGCAACAUCUACCGCCUCUCCUAGCAACAAGAUCAAGAGCGGAGCUGUAGCUGCAGACGCAAUAGACCACAGUAUGGACCAAUUGCCCACUACCAUCUACGAAGGAGCCAAUUACGACCAGUUCAGACAACAGAGACAACCGCAGGAUUCUGGACGAAACCAGCACCGCAUCACGUUCGACGACUAUGACGAAGAGAUGGGAUUUUUGUCGCCACCUCGACAUGCAGACACUGCGAAUGAUUCCCUAGAGAGCGUGUCUUUUGAAGCCGGGAGCGAUGAUUUUUACGACCUGGAGAACCGCCUUCCCGAUGAUCAUUUGCUGAAUAUUGCAGACACACCCGAACGAGGACGAAAGCCGCUUCGUAUUGGAGAGCAGUACCGUGGUGGCGCCUUGCUGGAAACAGCAGAUCUAGCUGAGGUAUCUCCCAAUGCAAAGACGUUGAAGACGAAUAUUGAGCGUCAGUUCGUGCGCGAUGUCGCCCCGCCCGCACAAAUGCAGCUUGAAGUUGCACGAAAGGCUCGUAUCCCGUUGUUCCUUCACUCGCCGAUGUAUGUCAGAACAUCGGCAGCACCUUUGAUUGACGAGAUAGAUGCGGAGUUUACAGCUGAAUUUGCAGCGGAGGAGGCUCAAGCACUUGAGGCCGUUGGAAAUAAUCAAGAGCAGCUUGAUCCUGCUGCUGUGGCUGAAGGUCAAGGGGCGGGAGCUGCUGAUGCUGCAGCUGAAAGUUACUCGCGAAGGAGGAGGCCGAAAUUGUCCAAGGCUAAGAAUGACAGUUUGCAUGUGGACUUUAAGGAGCUGCAAAUUGAGGAGAUGAUUGGCCAGGGGGCUUUCGGAACGGUGCAUCGUGCAAAGUGGCGAGGAACGGCAGUAGCUGUCAAGAUUCUGGUAUGCCAGCAUCUGACAGCCGACAUUUUGGAAGAGUUCGAGGCCGAAGUGCAGAUCAUGAGCAUAUUAAGGCACCCUAACAUUUGCCUGCUGAUGGGCGCGUGUCUUGAGCCACCAACGCGCUGUCUUGUGAUCGAGUACUUACCACGCGGCUCGCUCUGGAAUGUCCUCCGUCAAGAUGUUGUCAUCGAUAUGGGCAAGCAAUACGGAUUUGCGCGUGAUACAGCGUUGGGCAUGAACUACUUGCAUUCGUUCCAACCUCCGAUCCUACAUCGAGACUUGAAAAGUCCCAACUUGUUGAUCGAUUCAUCCUACGCGCUCAAGAUCUCGGAUUUUGGGUUGGCUCGCGUUCGUGCACACUUCCAGACCAUGACGGGUAAUUGUGGCACAACGCAGUGGAUGGCGCCUGAGGUUCUAGCAGCCGAGAAGUAUACAGAGAAGGCUGAUGUGUUUUCGUACGGCGUCGUGGUGUGGGAGACCGUCACACGGCAGUGUCCGUACGAGGGGUUAACGCAGAUUCAAGCAGCUCUUGGAGUACUGAACAACAACCUGCGGCCAACAGUUCCCGAAAAUUGCCCACCUCUAUUCAAGAAACUUAUGACGCUGUGCUGGGUGAGCUCUCCAGAGCAGCGACCAAGCUUCGAGACUGUGCUGGAGAUCCUGAACAGCUCCACCGAUGGCUCUUUGCCUCGGCAACGCGAGCGAAGAACCAGCGACGCACAUGUGCGGUAACCUCGCAAGAGUAAACAAAGUUUAUGUACGAACAGGGGUCGAGACAUAGUUAGAAUGAAUACAAGCCGUGCAAUUGAUCAACGCAGGCACAAACUGUGAGCAAA